AUGGGGAAGAAACAGGAGACCAUUGUGGCUGCGCCAUGGGGCAUGAAAGGCAGCAGUGAGAGAGUGUUUGCUCCAGUAAAUUUGCACUGCCUUCUUGUUGAUCACCUCUGCACUGGACCAGCACCACCGUGUCUGGCCCCCAUCGGACUUGUUGCACCUCAGCUUUUGGCAUCAGGGCUGGAUGCAUAUGUGGAGUGUUCCCAAGAGAUCCAGAAAUCCAAACCCUGGCCUGUGAUGUUAACUGAAUGGGACUUUCUCCCCGCCCUCAGGACCAAGAUGGCCCUCCUUCCCCCGCUGGACUGGCCAACAAGCUUCCCCGAAGAUGCUCCCCACUCGGGUAGCCAGGCCCUUGAUCUGUUUUUUGCCCUUCUUGGUGCCAACGACCCCCAGAAUACUGCAUCAGGGGGCUCCUUUGCUAAAGGGAGUCCCUUCAGUAAACCUUUCCAGGGUCUUCCAUUUCCUGCCCUUUCUGGCCCCCACACUGACCUUCCUCUUCCCACUGGGGCUCUGGCUGUUACCGUAGUAGUGACGUCAGCAGCCGGCCUGCCCCUCAGUGAGGGGGAGCCUUCACCGGUCCCCGAACCUGGUGCCCAGGUCUGCCGGGGUGCGCCCCCUUCUCUGGCUGCUGCCUCCCACUGUGCAUGGUGCACGGAGGUCUCCGGGGAGCCCCUCAUGGGCCGAGUCCACCCCGCUUUCCGCUCUUCCAUUGGCCUGUGGGAGGGGAAGUUGGGGAAGAGGGGGGUGAACCGAGGUCGCGCGAGAGCGGCUCUCGGCACUCAAUGCGCAGGUGCGGAGAGGCUGGCUGGGGCCCGGGCCGGGGGCGGGCCAGAAGACGCGUCGUUUGAUUUUGGAGACUGUGGCAGAGCAAUCUGGGUUGGACCUCUGGGCGGAAAGCGUUUGUCAGGGGCACAUCCUAGAACGAAGGUUGUGAGAUUCCCGAUGGUGUCCAUGACUUUCAAACGGAGCCGCAGCGACCGGUUCUACAGCACCCGGUGCUGCGGCUGUUGCCAUGUCCGCACCGGGACGAUCAUCUUGGGGACCUGGUACAUGGUGGUAAACCUAUUGAUGGCAGUUUUGCUGACUGUGGAAGUAACUCAUCCAAACUCCAUGCCAGCUGUCAACAUUCAGUAUGAAGUCAUUGGCAAUUACUAUUCAUCGGAGAGAAUGGCUGAUAAUGCCUGUGUUCUUUUUGCCGUCUCUGUUCUUAUGUUUAUAAUCAGUUCAAUGCUGGUAUAUGGAGCAAUUUCUUAUCAAGUUGGUUGGCUGAUUCCAUUCUUCUGUUACCGGCUUUUUGACUUCGUUCUCAGUUGCCUGGUUGCUAUCAGUUCUCUCACUUACUUGCCAAGAAUCAAAGAGUAUCUGGAUCAAUUACCUGAUUUUCCCUACAAAGAUGACCUCCUGGCAUUGGACUCCAGCUGUCUCCUCUUCAUUGUUCUCGUGUUCUUCGCCUUAUUCAUCAUUUUUAAGGCGUAUCUAAUCAACUGUGUUUGGAACUGCUAUAAGUAUAUUAACAACAGAAACAUGCCAGAGAUUGCUGUGUACCCUGCCUUUGAAGCACCUCCGCAGUAUGUUUUGCCAACCUAUGAAAUGGCCGUGAAGCUGCCCGAGAAGGAGCCGCCGCCUCCUUACGUACCUGCCUGAGGAGAUCCUGCCUUUGUCAAUAAACCCUAUACCAGCUUUUUGUCUCGUUUAUUGUACAAGAUGCUGCAGUACAGGGCUCUUCAGACUUGUUUGAUAUAAAAUUCAUUUUCCUUUGUUGAAGCAUUUAUUUUCAAACACUAACAAGCUUUUUGGACAUCUAUUCAAAGUCUGUUUUUGUUUUUUUUUUUUUGUCGUUAAGUCUAUACAUUUUAAUAGUUUUUGGAGACAAUCUAGGUUAAGCGAGAGCAAAGUGCCAUUGUUUGCCUUUAUUGGGGGGUGGGAUGGGGGUAUUCUCUACACAUUUUCUUUUUUAACUUUGCACUUUCUUUAUAUAAUAGUUUGCAUUUUGGUUAUUUGCUACCCUGGAUACUUUCAGGAAGAAUGACUUAAAUAUUCGGGGUGAGUGAGUUGGGAUAUAAGAUCUGAAGUUUUCAGCUAUGGAAACGGAAAAUACGUAACCUUUUAACUUGACCGUGGAAGAUGAUGGUUGCAUGUUUCUAAUUUGUAUGUGUUUCCAUCUUUGUGAUAAGAUGCUUUAAUAAAUCUCUUAAAUAUU